GACCACGUGUUCGUGCACGGGGCGGCCGCUACGCCCAGGGUACUGGUGCCGGCACUGGCAGCCCACGGCAAGAAGGCUAACCUCAAGAAUGUGAGGGUACACCACAUCCACACGGAGGGGGCGGGCGAGUACAACGCGCCCGAGUUUAAGGACAUAUUCCGGUCCAACUCGCUGUUCACGGGCGGCAACUGCCGGGAGCCCAUCAACGCCGGGAGGGCCGACUUUACGCCUAUUUUUUUGGGCGACAUACCGAAGCUGUUCUAUAAGGGCAUCAUUAAGCCGGACGUGGCCUUACUGCAGGUGACGCCCGCCGAUAAGCACGGCUACCACUCGUUGGGCACGUCUGUCGACUGUGUGAGGGCUGCCAUACAGCACACGAAGUACAUCAUCGGUCAGGUCAACCCCAGAUUCCCACGCACUAGCGGUCACGCCAUUGUCCACGAGUCGCACUUCGACGCACUGGUCGAGGGCGAGCUCGACAUACCGGAGCAUAAGUCUAAGGGACUGACAGACGUGGAGAAAACGAUCGGCAAAUUGAUUGCUGAGAAUCUGGUGGAGGACGGGGCGACGAUGCAGAUGGGUAUCGGCGCCAUUCCCGAUGCAGUGCUGGCCGACUGCACCCAACACAAGGACCUGGGCGUCCACUCCGAGAUGUUUUCGGACGGUGUCGUCGAUCUCGUCAAUUUGGGUCAGCAU